UACAUUUAAAAACUAAAAUCGGCCGUACAUAUUCAGACUCUGCGUUGGUACUUGAGCCAAUAGUUCGCGCUUGUAAUUCACUUUCGCUUACAGUCAUCAUGGCAACAAAAAUUUACUUGACAUUACCAAGUGGCCAAAAAAUUCCAGCAAUUGGACUAGGAACCUUCGAUGCAUAUAACGAAGAAAUGGAAGCAGCUCUCAAUACAGCCUUGGAACUUGGUUAUCGUCACAUAGACACGGCUUUUCUCUACGAAAACGAACGCCCUAUUGGACGGGUAGUAAAUCAAUGGAUAUCAUCCGGCAAACUCAAAAGAGAAGAUUUAUUCAUUACUACAAAACUACCGAUGGUUGGUGUUCAUCCCGAUCGUGUAGAGAUGUUUAUGAAAAAAUCACUAGAAAAUCUACAACUAGAUUAUGUAGAUUUAUAUUUGAUACAUUUCCCUGUUGGUUGUAAAUUGAAGGAAGGAAAUCCAUGGCCCUACUUUUACGAAAAUGGUGAAACUGCUGUCGAGCCAAAAACAGACCAUGCGGCCCUUUGGAAGAAAAUGGAAGAGCAAGUUGACGCUGGACGCACGAAGAACAUAGGUUUGUCAAACUAUAACAUCUCCCAAAUCACGGCAGUUCUCAAAUCCGCAAGAAUCAAACCAGCCGCCCUACAAGUCGAACUUAAUGUAUAUUUACAACAAAGUGAACUCGUAGAUUUUUGCCAAAAGAACGGAAUUGCAGUUAUUGCCUAUUUUCCUUUACUUAAUCCAGGUUACAACAACUUUAUAACGCGAAUAGGAGAAAAGCCUAAACAAAUGCCCAAUCUCUUGGGCGAUCCAGAAGUCAUCAAAAUUGCACAAAAACACUCGAAGUCCCCAGCACAGGUCGUUUUGAGAUUUCUUGUACAAACAGGUAUAAUACCAAUACCAAAAAGUGUAAUACUGAAAGAACUUCAAGAGAACAUCAAUGUUUAUUAUUUUAAUUUGGACGACGCGGAUAUGAGGAUUUUGCGCGGAUUAGACAAAGGAGAAGCAGCACGGAUGGCUAGGUGUGAAUUGUUUAAAGGAGUUGAUAAACACCCAGACUUUCCUUUUCCAGAAGCGUAAGAAUAUCAGCUAAAACUGAUCAUUGUGGCUAAUAAUUUUAGUACUUUGUAUCAUUGA